CCAGGGGAGGAUCCUGAAGAAUGGCCAGCUCUAGUUCUCAAGACAUGGUCUGUGGGUCAGUGACAUUCAGGGAUGUGGCUGUUGACUUCUCUCAGGAGGAGUGGGCCUGCCUGGAUGCUACUCAGAGGGUCUUAUACAGGGACUUGAUGUUGGAGACCUACAGCAACCUCGUCACAGUGGUGGGAAGUUCCGUUUCCAAACCCGAUCUGAUCACCUUAUUAGAGCAGGAGAGAGAGCCCUGGAUGGUUGUGAAGGAAGAAACAGACAGGCCCAGCCCAGAUUUGGAGUCAGAUUAUGAACCUCAAAAAAUAUCUCCAGACAAUCAUAAUAUAAAUCUACCCAAAGAGAGCAUAAAGCAUAUAAGUAAAACUUUUGACCUCCAGGGUGCCAGUUUUAGUAAUGGACUCAACUAUAGUACAUUCAAGGGUCUACAGAGUUGUCAAGAAGGAAAUGAUGAUCAAAAGAUUACUAACAAGGAAAAAAUGCCUACAUAUACCAACCAGAUUCUUACUCACAAUAUAGAAAAAGCAUAUGAAUGUAAAGAGUGUGGGAAGUACUUUGAUUGUAGUUCAACUCUUAUUCAGCAUCAGGCUAUUCAUAUUGGAGAGAAAGCCUAUGAAUGUAACGAAGGUGCAAAGGUCUUGAGACUCCACCAACAGCUUAUAAGACAUCGGAAAUCUCACAAUGGUGAGAUACCUUUGGAAUGCAAGGAAUGUGGUGAGUCUUUCAAGGAUGUCUCCAGUCUUGUUCAACAUAGGAUUAUUCAUUCUGGUGUGAAACCAUAUGAAUGUAAUGAAUGUGGAAAAGCCUUUAAUCAUCACUCAAACUUCAUGGAACAUCAGAAAAUUCAUUCUGGUGAGAAACCCUUUCAGUGUAAGGAAUGUGGAAAGGCCCUCAGUGUACUAGCACAGCUCAUCAUUCAGACCCAGAACAGUCAUACUGGAGAAAAAUCAUUUCAAUGUAAGCAGUGUGGCAGGAUACUCAGUAGUGACUCAUACUUUGUGCAACAUCGGAGUAUUCAUUCAGGUGAGAAACCCUUUGGGUGUAAUAUAUGUGAGAAGGCUUUUAGGCUUCAGGUAUACCUUUCUGAGCAUAAGAAAACUCACACUGAUGAGAAACCUUUCAAGUGUAAGCUGUGUGGAUCAGCUUUCAGACGUAAGUACCACCUUACUGAACAUCAGAGUAUUCAUACUGAUGUGAAACCAUAUCAGUGCAAAGAAUGUGGGAAAUUCUUUCGUCGACGUUCAAAUUUUACUGUGCAUCAGAGUAUUCACACUAAUGUGAAACCUUUCAAUUGUAAACUCUGUGGGUCAGCCUUCAGACUUCAGUCCCUACUUACUCAACAUCAAAGAAUUCAUACUGAUGAAAAACCGUAUCAGUGCAAGGAAUGUGGGAAAUUCUUUCGUCGACGUUCAAAUUUUACUGAGCAUCAGAGUAUUCACACUGGAAAGAAGCCCUUUGAUUGUAAGGAAUGUGGGAAAGUCUUUAGACUUAAUAUACAUCUCAUUCGCCACAAGAAAUUUCAUAGUGGUGAGAGAUCUUUUGAAUGUAAGGAGUGUGGAGAGGCCUUUCAUCUUCAUGCCCAUCUUAAGAGCCAUAAAAUAAUUCAUACAGAUCGAAAAUUGUUUGAAUGCAAGGAAUGUGGGAAGUCCUUCAAGCGUGUCUCCACUCUUGUUCAACAUAGGAUUAUUCAUGUUGGUGUGAAACCAUUUGGAUGUGAUGAGUGUGGGAAAGCCUUUAAUCGUCGCUCAAACCUCACACAACAUCAGAAAAUUCAUUCUGGUGAGAGACCCUUUCAAUGCACGGAAUGUGGAAAGGCCUUUACUGUUCUGGCACAGCUCACUCGGCACCAGAGCAUUCAUACUGGAGAGAAAUCAUUUGAAUGUCAGCAGUGUGGAUCAGCUUUCAGACUUCAUUACCAACUUACUCAACAUCAGAAAAUUCAUACUGAUGUGAAACCCUUUCAAUGCAAGGUAUGUGGAAAAGGCUUUGUUCGUGGUACAGGCCUUAGAAUUCAUGAAAGAACCCACACUGGUGAGAAGCCUUUUCAAUGUAAAGAAUGUAGGAAGGCCUUCCGAAUUCAGUCUGAACUUACUCAACAUCAGAGAAUUCAUACUGAUGUGAAACCCUAUCAAUGUAAAGAAUGUGGAAAAGGCUUUGUUCGUGGUAGAGGACUUCGAAUUCAUCAGAGAAUCCACACUGGUGAAAAGCCCUUUCAAUGUUCGGAAUGUGGGGAAGCCUUUCGAUAUCACUACCAAUUUCUUGGACAUUUUAGAAUUCAUACUGGUAAGAAUCCUUAUGAAUGUAAAGAAUGUGGGAAAUACUUUACUCGUGGUGAAUACUUUAAAGCACAUCAGAGAAUUCACAUGAGUGAGAAACCAUACCAAUGUUAAGAAUGUGAAAAGACCUUUAGCUUGGUUUGGCAUGCUAAACUUCAUGUUAAUAAAAAGCCUAUGGAUGUAAAGAAUGUGGGAAAGUCUUUAUUGUAAAUGGUAAACUUACACAGCAUCAGAAAAUACAUAAUCAUCAGGAAUCCUAUGCAUGUAAGGAAGGCAGACAAUCCUUUGUAUGGAAAUUUUACUGAACAUCAGAGAACUCACAUUGGUAAGACUGUGGCUGAAAAGAAUGUGAAAAGAAGUUUAAUUUGCCCUAGAAUUGGUCAACAUCAGAGUAUUCAUACACUCUUGUCAAUGAUAUCUUUGCGAAUGAGAAUGGGGGAAGUCUGUUCAUAGGUGAUACUCUGUUGAGAAUGCGUGAAUGUCAAAAGUAAUAGGGUGACCAUCAUGUUCUUGAUUUACUCUCAUCUUGUUAAUUGUAUAAACAUAAUUCCUCAAACACUACUCAAACAGGACAGUCAGUUUAGGGAGAACAGUUAUUGGAACUAGGUUUAUCUCAGGCACUUUCCUUGUCACCAUUCAUGUUCUAUGGCUCCUGUCGUAUUAGGCUGAGUGUUUAUGCAUAAUUUGUUAAUGGCAAGCACAGUACCAGCCAAAGUUGUGGAGAAAAGGGUUAUAAUAAAUAAUAAAAUUCUUGAAGGAAUAUUUGGCUCAUUCCCAUGUUCUGUAAAAUAGCUUUUACAUUGUUCUCCCUUUUAUUGGCAUUACUAUAACUCAUGAAAGGCAAAAUUGUAUUGCUGAUAAUUUCAAAAACAUGCAUUCAUCCACUAUUAAAUUUUAAAUACCAUCAUUCUGGAUAAAAUCUGGUGAAUGAAAAGGAACAUGAAAGGAUUUUCAUUGAGAAUUCAUAACUUACAUAUUUGUGUGGAGAUGUUCAAAAUACAGCUUUUUAUGAACAAGUACUCUUUAAAGGGGUUAAACCUAUAAAUAUUUGAAAGGAUAAUAUUCUGUAAUUUAUGCUCUCUGCCCAGAUGUUAAGAUAAACUAUACAUUUGUGACAGGACAAGAAUUUGCCAUCUUUGAUGGAGAAUAUUGUGGGAAAUUACCCAAAUCUGUUCUCAGAUCCUGAGGUCAAGAUACCCCUGCUAAUUUGUCUUGACUUCUGUUAAUUAGCCUGCUUGGACCAAAGCUCCCACUUCAGCUGCUAAGAAGGA